UGAAGGGUGGUCGUAUAGGCAUGGUUACGCAGUUGUUGUCGCCUCUUCGAUGCUUGUUCGUGGGAGCUUUGGGCGGCGACAUUGAAGUCAUCUCUGUCUGCACCCUCGGCAGCACUCGGACCGCCUCUGGCCCUUCCUCGUGCUCCUCGCCGCCCUCCUGUUGCUCCUCCCCCUCGUCGCCCGUCGCCUCUCCCACGUCGAGGGGCGAUCGUGGGUGGACGGACCUCCUACCCUGACACGUCGAUUAGGGAAUUGGUCGUUUUCGGUUCGCGAGAGGGCGUCGCGGCCAGGUCCGUCGGUUUCGGUCCCGGGCCGUUUUCACUGAGGGGAGGUCUACUAAAGGGAGGUUCGUCCACCGCCGAGGCGAAUCCGGCCCAAGUCUGGCUCAGAUGUACUCCAGAUCCGGUCCAGAUCAGGCCCAAAUUGGACAGCGCCAGGGGCCACGGAGGCUCCCGCGGAGCGGACACCAGAAUGGAAGGCGGCCGCCAGCGCCCCCGCGAGCGCCCUCGGCGUGGUGGGCAACCUGCUGAGCCGCAUGAACCACUCGUGCGCCCCGAGCUGCGAGGCGAGCUGGACCAGCUCGCGAAGGGCCUCGGGGAGGAUCCAGGUGCGCACGAGCUCGGCCGUCCAGGAGGGUGCCGAGCUGACCCUCUUCUACGAGGGGGGCCUGCACUUGCGGGCUCCCCGAGCGGAGCGCCAGGGCGCGCUGUCCGGCUACGGCUUUCGUUGUGCCUGCGAGGUGUGUCGCCUCCAGGGCGAGGAGGCGCAGCGGAGCGACGAGCGGCGGGCGCGGAUGGGCCACGUGUGGCGGGGCCUCUGCAGCGGCGGUGCGGAGGAUGCGGCGCGGCCAGCGCCGGAGGCUCUGCAGGAGCUGCUGCGGCUCUACGACGAGGAGGGUAUCCUUGCGCACUCCAUGCGCUUCCAGGCCACUCGCCUCGCGCUGGAGGGGAGCACGGCGCCCGAGGAGGCGCUGCAGCUGCACGGGGCCGCGCUGGGGCACCUGGCCGCGUGGCUGGGCGAGGAGCACCCCUCGGUGGAGUGGUGGAGGCGCAGGGCCCCCGAGCAGUAGGUCGGAGGAAGCGCGACGCCCGCUCGCGCGCGCGCGCGCCCGGGCCCGCCCUGGGGGAGGGAGAUCUGCGAGCCUUGGGCGGUGUGCGGCGGCAGCAC